CUCUCAACUAAAGGAAUUACUACCUUACUGAUAUAUACCAUGCGCAAAAAUUUAAACCACGAUAAUGUUGGUGUUGCACGUCAUUUUUGCCUUCAUGGCAUUUAUGGGGUCUUGUGGUGCCCAGACACCUAGCUGUGCAAAUUAUUUGUACUGCAAAAAUAUGUACAUGAACGCCAACAACGAUCCCCAAUCCAUUCCAAAAUACUGCCCAGCUCAAAAACCCACCUCGGGCCCUUGUGACUGCGUUUGCGAUAAAAACAAGCCUGGAACGGUCACUUCCCCAGCGACACAAGACAAUGAGUGCGGUCGGAAAUGUUUCUACUAUCUUAAUUGCGCCAGCUCACUGAUUUACACUCACAACUUGCAUCAGAAUGUUGCCACAGAAUGUGUAGCACCUACCGAGUGCAACUGCGGAUGUGUAUGCGGAGAUAAUAUUGCACCAUCAGCACCCAUGACAACAACGACACUUCCACCCACAACAACCUUGCCUCCGACAACAACGAUAAAAUCCAGAUGUCCUGCUCCUGCUUAUGGCAGUUGUUGCAAUUACACUUGCGAAUCUCCCGUAAAGAGGUGCGGAUUUUACAGUUAUGGGAAUGGGAGCUAUUUCAGAGCCCCGGACAACGUAAAGCCUUACUGCAGCGAAGUAUUGUAUGAAAAUGUUCCAGCCAAACCUUGUAAAACUCCGGUAAUUUCUCCCGCCUGUGCUGCCCUUGGUUGCACUCCGGCCGAUUGUGGAGACCUUCCUUGCGGAAAUUCUUUUAAAAAUGGCGCCACUUAUAGCGAUUGCCCAGCCAAUACUGACCCCGUUCCAGCCCCUACAACUACGACUAUAGCUCCUCCCACCCCAAAAUGCCCAUCCGUCACCAGAUGUUGUAAACACACUUGUGACUCUCCAGGCACAACCACACAAACAUGUGGAUUUAGCUCCUAUACGGAAGGGAACUCCACUGUGGCCCGGCCAAUUUGCCGCUUCACCUCAGGACAGCCGUAUUGGGCUCCACGUUGUCGAACUCCUUACAUGUCUGCCAGUUGUGCUGCACAGGGUUGUACUUCGGCGGAUUGCGGAACUCGGACUUGCAGCUCUAUUGCGGUCUCUGUCUGCCAAAAUAUUUGAAUUGUCCGUUGAAUUGCAUGUACAUUCGCAUGAAUCAAUUAUUGAACUUGAAAAUAUGAUAAAAUAAACGUGCAUUACAAAAAAAACUAA